CAGCUUCACCACCGACUGAAGAUCAAACCCAGACCUGAAGAUCAAAACCAGACCUGAAGAUCAAAACCAGACCAGCCAUGAAGACUCUGAGCCUCCUGAGCGUCUGCGCUCUGCUGUCUGUCUGCGCUUCUAUGGGAGUGUACACGGAGCCGGACGCCGCAGAUGAAGCUGCAGCCGAGGUGGUUCUUCCUCCCACCGGAGCUCCGGCUGCUUCAGACUCUUCCUCAGCAUCCUCAUCUGCCUCAGACUCUGACUCUGCUUCCUCCGAGUCUGACUCCGCAUCCGACUCCGCAUCCGACUCCGCGUCUGAUUCUGCGUCUGAUUCUGCGUCUGAUUCUGUGUCUGAUUCUGUGUCUGAUUCUGCCUCCUCUUCCUCCUCUUCCUCCUCUGAAUCAAACUCCGUCAGCUCUGAAGAAACUCCUGCUCCUCAUGUGCUCCUGAAGAGAGACGUGGCGGCUUCACUGCUGCGACGACACCGAAGAGCUGGAGCUCCUGCAGCCAGCCUCAGCCUUCAGCAGCUGGAGAGUUUGCGGGAGGUGUGUGAAGUGAAUCUGGCCUGUGAACACAUGGCUGAAACCGCUGGGAUCAUAGCAGCUUACACGGCAUACUACGGACCGAUCCCAUACUAACACACACACACACACACACACACACACACACACACACACACACACACACACACACACACACACACACACACACACACACACACACACACACACAGGUUCACUUAGCUAUCUAAAUGGGGACAUUAUGUUGUUUUUAUAUACAGUUUUUCUAGAUGUUAUAUCCUAAACCUACCCUUAACCCUUACAGAAAACAAAGAAAUACUUUGUUUACUUUAUUUUUUAUACCAGAAAUGAGGACGUCCCCAUAGAGAGGUUUUUGGUGAUUUUGUCAGGUUUUGCUCACUUUUUUUUAGUUUUGUCUUUCACUGGGAGAAAUAUGUUUUUUGUGUUCAUACUCCAGUGAUUGAAACGCUAUAGUGCUAAUACUUGUGUGUAGGUAUGAACACAAUUAGAUGAACACAAUUAGAUUAUUGAAGGAGCAAGUGAUCUUUUUUGUUAGUUUUUGUGAAUCAAAGGUGCUAUUUCACACUGACUCAAGGCAGAAGUAUUUUUCCUGUCAUGUUCUGUAAAUAAAACACACGAGCUGUUCAGUGACAUGUUACCUGAAGAUGUUGACAUUUUUGUUAAUGUUUUAUUAUUUGUGCACAUAAUGCUUGUAUAGAGAGUAUGUUAUAAUAAAGAUACAAUAUAUGAGA